AGUAACCAUAACAACGUUUACAACCGCCAUGAUGUUGUCAAUGUAAAUAUUGUAAUUUUGUAAAUACGUUUUAAAAUUCCAUUAGAAUCUAUCCAUUAUUUAUCGACUACCUGCUGCAAGUUCACGAUUCGAGUAAAAUCAUACCAACAAGAUGGCAACAAAUAAAAACAUAAAUGAGUGUGGGUGGUUUUAUCAUGCACCGGCGAAGAGAAACACAAAAUCUACAGAACCUGUUGAUACUCCGUACAUCUCACAGAUACCAGGACUUAGUGAAAUACCUCAAGAAGAAUUUACAACUGAUCCACAUAAACUUUAUUUUAAAGAAACAGACACUAAAUUUGUACGCAUGGCAAAACAGGGUGGACGCAAAGAUUUGUUGGUUUUUCGAGAACCAUCAGGUCCUUCUAAAGAAGCAAAAGGUUAUCCACGAGUAGAUUGGUUUUAUCUUCAAGAUAACGCCAUGGAAGACGCUGAGAAUGAGGGAGAGAAAAAGCCAUGGGAAUUUCUAUUACCAGAAUAUAUGGUACACGACAGCUACACACCUAGUUUUGCUGACGGAGCACCUGUCGGUAGUUACGGUCCAGGAGAGACAGGUCGUGUUCCAUAUGCCUGUGAUAAAGUGUCGGUAUUUCAGUCUGAAGGUAGAGACGCAACAGAUAAACGUGUCCGUCUGCCAGAAGCCAGGCCCCCAGGAUACGGGGUUAGAAACAGUAAACCAGUGAAAGCCAGAUCGCAGGCGGGUAAACCAACAGCCACUGUUUCGCAUCAAGAUCAUACAAAUACAAGCGUAACUAAGGGAGAUCGAUAUGGCCAGAUGAACCAAAUAAUAUCUAUAUUUUAUAUUCCAGCGUAA